AUGAGCAUUGAGACUAUAGGUUCUCCAUUCAAAAGAGACAACAAGAAAGCUAGAGAAUUUUACAAGAACUUAAAAGCAGUGUUAUUAGGUAUAACAAUCAUUACACUAAUAUCCUUAGGGCUAAUAAAUCUAUUUGAAUUGCCAAAUGACUCAAAUAAAAACAAAGUUUCGCAACUUCAAGAUGCUUUAGAGACCUACAAGCCUGAAAAUCUGCAAAUUGGUGAAUAUGCUGAUAUAGGCGCUACAUUAUCAACAGAUUGGAAGGUUUUUCUAGGAGUAGCUAGUGUUGCGCUCUAUUGUUUUCUUGGUGCUGGUUUCAUAGGAAAAAAAAUUACUUUAGGAUUGGCAAGAUGGACUGAUUAUGUACUCGGUGCAGUAUUUGUGUCUGAAGCUGUUGGUAUGAUAUCAUACGGUGCUUACUAUGUAUGGCUGUAUUGGUGA